AUGGAUAAUGGUGCUAAAUAUUGUGAUUUUUCAGAGGAUUUAACUGAAAAGCUUCGGCAGUCUCAGAGUGUACUUAAAGAAGCUUUCCAUAGAUAUCAGAAGCACCAAAUUUUCUUAUCAUUCAAUGGUGGUAAAGACUGCACAGUGUUACUUCAUUUGAUGUGUGACCUUUUUAAGGAUUUCAUUGAUGAACUUAAAGUAAUUUACUUACAAUCAGCCGAUCCAUUCGAAGAACUGGAAAGUUUUGUAAAGUUCUGUGAGAUUCACUUUAGAGUUAAGAUAGUAACGAUAACGUCAAGUUCAUCAAUGAAAGAGAUUUUAGCAGACAUUUGUGAAAAUGACAAAGAUAUUGCAGCUUGUAUUAUGGGAUCGAGACGGACAGAUCCUUAUUGUGAACAUCUUAAAAAUUUCCAACCAACUGAUAGAGGAUGGCCAGAACUUAUGAGAAUAAAUCCAAUGCUUGAAUGGAACUGUGCAAAUGUGUGGGAGUACUUAGUUAAACUUAAAGUACCUUACUGUUCAUUAUACGAUCGUGGAUUUACUUCAAUUGGCAAUAAGAAGAACACGCAACCAAAUCCAAACUUAGAAAAUAAAGACAAACCAGGAACAUUCCUUCCCGCUUAUGAACUUCUUGAUGAUUCUCUAGAAAGAGCUGGUCGUGAAAUUAUUGUUGAGGAAAGAGUAACAACGGUUAGCGUAAUGACCUUUGCCACCACAUUUGAAGCAAGUAAUGUCUUCGAGCUUUCGAGGUUGAAAAGGCGGUCGUGCAAAAUGCCUGAUCAUUUAGGAGAUGAUAUGCGCAAGGUGAAAGUUGAGGAGAAAAAGGAGGAAGAGCCGGAAAUAAAAGAUCUGGAUGAAGGAGAUAUUGAACUUUUGAAAACUUAUGGUCAAGGCCAGUACCACAAGAGCAUUAAACAAAUCGAGGAUGAUAUCCAGAAAGCUAUUAAACAAGUGAAUGAGUUGACAGGAAUCAAAGAAAGCGACACGGGAUUAGCUCCACCGGCUCUCUGGGAUCUUGCAGCUGAUAAGCAGACAUUACAAAAUGAACAACCUUUACAAGUUGCACGCUGUACUAAAAUUAUUAACGCUGAUACAGAUGAUCCAAAGUACAUCAUCAAUGUGAAGCAGUUUGCGAAGUUUGUUGUUGACUUAGCGGACUCUGUCGCACCAACAGACAUUGAAGAAGGAAUGAGAGUUGGCGUUGAUCGUAAUAAGUAUCAAAUUCAUAUUCCAUUGCCACCAAAAAUCGAUCCAACAGUGACAAUGAUGCAAGUUGAAGACAAGCCAGAUGUCACAUACUCUGACGUCGGUGGAUGCAAAGAACAAAUCGAGAAACUCAGAGAAGUUGUUGAAACUCCACUUCUUCACCCUGAAAAGUUCGUCACACUUGGAAUUGAACCACCAAAAGGUGUUUUGUUGUUUGGCCCUCCUGGAACAGGAAAGACAUUAUGUGCUCGAGCAGUAGCUAACAGAACUGAUGCAUGUUUCAUUCGCGUUAUUGGAUCAGAACUAGUGCAGAAAUACGUCGGCGAAGGUGCUCGAAUGGUUCGUGAACUUUUCGAAAUGGCACGCAGUAAGAAAGCUUGUCUCAUCUUUUUUGAUGAAAUUGAUGCGAUUGGUGGAGCUCGUUUCGAUGAUGGAGCUGGAGGUGAUAACGAAGUGCAGCGUACUAUGUUAGAAUUGAUUAAUCAACUCGAUGGCUUCGAUCCACGUGGAAAUAUCAAAGUUUUGAUGGCAACAAAUCGUCCGGACACGUUGGAUCCAGCUUUAAUGCGUCCAGGUCGAUUAGAUCGUAAAGUUGAGUUUGGAUUACCAGAUUUAGAAGGGCGAACACACAUCUUUAAAAUUCAUGCUCGUUCAAUGUCAGUCGAGCGCGACAUUCGCUUCGAACUUCUUGCUCGUUUAUGUCCAAACUCGACUGGAGCUGAAAUUCGUUCAGUUUGUACUGAAGCUGGAAUGUUUGCCAUUCGUGCUCGUCGUAAGGUCGCCACUGAAAAAGAUUUCCUCGAAGCUGUUAACAAAGUUAUUAAGAGCUAUGCGAAGUUCUCAGCAACUCCACGUUACAUGACUUAUAAUUAAUUUAAUUGUUCUUAGCUUCACGUGGAAAAGUUUGAAUAAAUAUAAAAAAUAAAAAUUUUAAGAUAAAGAAAUGAAUUUUAAUA